CGUCACACCCAGUCACACACACACACACACACACACACACACACACACACACACACACACAGAGGGGGCAGUGUGUUCACAGCAGCCGAGACUCCCAGGUGCCAAACACACACACAUAUACGCACACACACACACAUAUAUACACACACACAUCCACACACUCCCCCGGUCAGCCUGAAGGACGCGCUGAGCGAGCAGCAGCCUGUUUUCAGCCGGAACAUUUGGAAAUAUCGAAACAGGGAAGUUGGAGCGGAGCGGCCGAUCAGGAUGUUCAGCUGGGUGAACAAGGAGCAAGGUGGACGCAACAAGGAGGGAGAGAUGUACCAGACGGUGACGGAGGGACUGCAGACUCUGUACACCAAGAAGCUGCUGCCGCUGGAGGAGACAUACCUCUUCCAUGACUUCCACUCUCCGGCCCUGGAGCCGGCCGACUUCCAGAGCAAGCCCAUGGUGCUGCUGGUGGGCCAGUACUCCACCGGGAAAACCACCUUCAUCAGGUACCUGUUGGAGCAGGACUUUCCCGGGAUGCGGAUCGGUCCAGAACCGACCACUGACGGCUUCAUCGCGGUGAUGUACGGCGAGAACGAGGGCGUCGUCCCCGGCAACGCCCUGGUGGUCGACCCUAAAAAACCCUUCAGGAAACUCAACGCAUUCGGAAACUCCUUCCUCAACAGGUUCAUCUGCUCUCAGAUGCCCAAUGAGGUUCUUCAGAGCAUCAGCAUCAUCGACACUCCUGGCAUCCUGUCUGGAGAGAAACAACGAAUCAGCAGAGGCUAUGACUUUGCGGAGGUGCUGCGCUGGUUCGGCGAGCGGGUGGAUCGGAUCAUUCUGCUGUUCGACGCUCACAAGCUGGACAUCUCUGACGAGUUCUCCGAGGCCAUCAAAGCCUUCAAAGGUCAAGACGACAAGAUCCGCGUCGUCCUCAACAAGGCCGACCAGGUGGACACGCAGCAGCUGAUGCGAGUGUACGGCGCCCUCAUGUGGUCGCUGGGGAAGGUGAUCAACACUCCAGAGGUGGUGAGAGUUUACCUGGGCUCCUUCUGGGCCAAACCGCUGCAGAACAGUGAGAACAGGCGUCUGUUCGAGGCGGAGUCUCAGGACCUCUUCAAGGACAUCCAGAGUCUCCCGAGAAACGCAGCGCUGCGUAAACUCAACGACCUCAUCAAGAGAGCGCGGCUCGCUAAGGUGCACGCCUACAUCGUGAGCUACCUGAAGAAGGAGAUGCCGUCUCUGUUCGGCCGGGAGAAGAAGAAGGAGGAGCUGAUCAUGAGGCUGCCGGAGAUCUACACCAUCCUGCAGAGGGAGCACCACAUCAGCCCCGGAGACUUCCCCAACGUCACCAAGAUGCAGGACAUGCUGCAGCACUACGACUUCAACAAGUUCCCGUCUCUGAAGAUGAAGCUGAUCGAGUCCGUGGACAAGAUGUUGGCCACAAAGAUCGCCGUUCUGAUGACAAUGAUCCGGGAGGAGGAGUCGAAGGUGCCGCCAGCCAUGGUGUCCGGCGGCGCCUUCGAGGGCUCCCAGGACGGGCCCUUCGGUCACGGCUACGGCGAGGGCAUCAGCGCCGGGGCGGACGCCGAGGACUGGAUCGUCAGCCGCGAGAAGCACCGCUACGACGAGCUCUUCUACAUGCUGAUGCCCGUCAACGGCAAGAUCACUGGCGUCAACGCCAAGAAGGAGAUGAUGAACUCGCGGCUGCCCAACAACGUGCUGGGGAAGAUCUGGAAGCUGGCCGACUGCGACCACGACGGCAUGCUGGACGACGAGGAGUUCGCGCUCGCUCAGCACCUCAUCAAGAUCAAACUGGAGGGCUAUGAGCUGCCCACCGAGCUGCCCGACCACCUGGUGCCCCCGUCCCACCGCAAAAACCCCACUGCAGACGCCCUGUACAACCACAGCGAGGACUAGAGCGCCGACAGGGCGGCGAGAGGACGAUUCUGCAGCUGAUGUUCAGACUAACAUGAGAACCAAUCAGCAAGUAGAAGGUCAAAGGUUGGAGUUCAGGAUGAACACAGGAGGAGGAGCUCGCCACCAAGAUGAUCUUCAACCAUCAUUAAAUAAUCACAUGUGAAAAUCACACAAACAAACAGGGACUGAGGACAUGCUUUUAUUUUGGUAAGGUUUUAUAUAUUGUAGUUG